UUCAUUAUUAAAAGUACGUUAAUGGUGUUAAAUUUGAUAAGCAAUCAUUAAUAUGGACGAUGAUAGUUUUGUUCUUUUAAGUGCAAUUACACCAGGCUCAAAAAAACACAGUGAAAAGAAAACAAAAAUCACAAAAUUUACAUUAAAACGAAAUCUGAAUCACGAACUUUUAAAACCAAAACAUUCUGUUAUCGAUUUAACUGAUGAGACAAGUGUGAUUUGUAUUAGUUCUGAAUCUGAUGACUCUGAUAUGGACUCAAAUAAUAUUUCUAACGAUUCCACAUUUUUCGAUGACACGGAUAAAAAAAGUAAUUCAAAUAGAUCAAGCUGCUCGGGAAAGAGUAAUACCUCUGAGGAUUCUGGAACUGAUGGUAAUUUCAAAUUAAUUUUAAGCAAUAAUUCUUCUGAUAAUUUUACACAACUUAGUGAAGACUAUACUGAAAAUGAACAACGGUGCAUUUCUUCAAAAAUUAAUACUUUAUUAGAUGAACUAAAUUCUAGUUCGGAUGAAAAUUCAGAAAUUGAAAGAAACAUGAAUAAGCAGGUAUUAAAACCUACUUUCAAUGAAAUGAAUGGAGUAAAACAUUUUAAAAUUGAGAAAUCAGAUGAAAUUUUAGUUUAUGAAACUGAAAGUAUUUCAAACAAAAUGAAUGAAGAUUCAAAGUAUUUGUCAAUUGACGAAUCGGAAGAAAUUCUAGUACGUGAAACUGAAAGUAUUACAAACGAAGAGGAUGAAGAAUCAAAAAAUGUAUCAAUCGACGAAUCUGAAGAUAUUCUGGCGAGUGAAACUGAAAGUAUUACAAACGAAAAGGAUGAAGAUUCAAAAAAUUUGUCAAUAGACGAAUCGGAAGAAAUUCUAGUACGUGAAACUGAAAGUAUUACAAACGAAAAGGAUGAAGAAUCAAAUAAUUUGUCAAUUGACGAAUCGGAAGAAAUUCUAGUACGUGAAACUGAAAGUAUUAUAAACGAAAAAGAUGAAGAAUCAAAUAAUUUAUCAAUUGACGAAUCGGAAGAAAUUCUAGUACGUGAAACUGAAAGUAUUACAAACGAAAAGGAUGAAGAAUCAAAUAAUUUAUCAAUAGACGAAUCAGAGGAAAUUGUACGAGAAAGUGAAAGCUAUCCAAACGAAAUAAAUAAAGAAUCGAAAAAUGUAUCCAUUAACGAGUCGAAUGAAAUUAUAGUACGCGAAACUCAAAGUGUUUCAAAAGAAAUGAUCAAAGAAACAAACAAUUUUUCAAUUGAUGAAUCUUCUGAAGAAAUUGACGAAGUUAUAGGAACGGAAAGGGAUUUAUCAAAUCAGUCUGCGCACAAUAUUCAAGAGCCACUUGUUGAAUCCCAUAAUAUUGAGUCUAGUGUAAUAAGAGCAGAAUAUUUCUUUCCAUUACCACAAAAACAAAAAUCGAUUGCAAUCAAUGAAUCAUCUCGAAAUUCGAGUUUACUUACAUUAGAUAAUACUGACCCAAAAGUUGAUUCUGUAAAUAAAAUACUAUUUACAUCUGAUGAAUCGAAUAUUGAACGUGAAAUUACUUCUGUUACAUCACAAAUGAAAGGAAAAUUAUUAAUCACCUCGGACGAAUCAGAUACUGAAGUAAUUAAACCUGUUAUUAACAUAUCUGUUUCUGAAACUGAUAAUGAAACGGAACGAAAUGAAGAGAAACAUUCGGAUACUGAAUCCGAUGAUGCAUUAUUUACAACGGCGAAAACAUUUCCCAGCGAUAAAAAUUUGAAAGAGGGUACAACAACACCCAAAUCAAAACGAUAUUCAGAAUUUGGAAGCGAUAAAAAUAUGAAUAAUUACCAGACACCAAUAGAUAAACCAACAGAGCAACUAUUAAAUGAAUUAUAUGGAAAUUUAUGGAAAAAUAGUGUAAAAACUGUUCCCAAAACUGAAAGUAAAAUAAAAUCAUUUUCGAAAUCAACUGUUACGAAAAGAUUUCCACAAACUGAACGACUAAAGACACAAAAUAAGUCUAAAUUGGGUGAAAUUUCCACAAUUGAUUUUAAAAAAUUUAGUCAAAAAGUACGUCCUGAUUUUGAAUCUACACGAACACCAAUUACAAAACAAAAAGAUCCAUUUAUUGUAAACGAUAGUGAUUCAGAAAUCGAACUAAAUAACACACCAAGCUUUCACAAUUUUAUAGCUAAUACAAAACCGAAAAUGCAAUUAUUUCCAUCGAAAAAGAAAGAUAUAUCAUCAUUAACAAAAAAAUUACAAGAAAUAUGUGAUCCGGAAAGUGAUGACGAAACACCAUUAUCGAAACUGAGAUUGUCUUCAGCCUCAGAAUCUAAUACUUCCAAAAAUUCGAAAAACAACGAUAACUCAUCCUUAUCUAAGAAAUUGCAAAACACAGUUGAAACACCAUUAACAAAAUUGAGAUUAUCUUCAGCCUCAGAAUCAAGUACAAAAUCAUUUCCAUCGAAAAACAAUGAUAAAUCGUCAUUAUCCAAAAAAAUAAUGAUUCAAACAAGUGAUUCUGAUAAUGAAAGCGAUGACGAAACUCCAUUAGCGAAAUUGAGAAUAUCUUCAGCUUCUGAAUCAAACAAAAAACCAAAUACCAAUGAAAUGUCGAGAUUAGAGAACGAAAUCAAUUCAUUACCGUUGGAAAAAUUAUAUUUAUCUGAAGAUUCUUCGUCGAAAGUUAUUCAACAAUCUUCAGAAAAAUCGAUUAGCAAAUUACAGUUAUCACCCAAGAGUGGACAACCAAUUCCAAGUUCUAGUACAUCCGAAUCAAAUUUUAAAACGCCGGCUGCAACAAAAAAAUUAAAUGCGACAAAAUCAUCACAAAAACGAAAAUUAUUUUCACAGCGUAAAUAUGAAGACAAUAAUUCUGUAUUACACGAAUGUAAUUUAGAUUUUCCAGAAUUGACUCGUCUUACUUACAACGAGACGAUUCCUGAACCAAAUAAAGAAAAUCAAAUAUAUGUAGAUUUAGUUUAUGAAUUUACGGCCAAGAAAAUUGAAAGAUCUAAAAAAAUACGUGAAAAAGAAUUAGCAAAAAAGAAAUUGACGAAAAAUGAAAGUGAAAGUUUAUUACCAACAACGAAAACGAAGAAAACAAAAAAAUUAUUAACAAAAUUAUCAGAAAAUUCAUCCAGUUCGGACGAUACUGAUGAUGAAGAGUAUAACCCUAAAACAAAAAUUCAGGGAAUAAAGCCGUUGGCAAAGAGUUGUGAUAGGCGUAAAAAUACAAAACGUACACAAAAAGCUAAACCUGUAGUACAAUCAACGAAUUCUGAAACAGAUAUCGAAGAAUAUUGUGAUGAUCGGCGUACAAAACCUUGUAGAAGAAUUAUUUCAUCAUCAACAGCAUCAGAUUCAUCAUCAUCAUCAUCAAGUGAUUCUGAAAAUGAAAAUGUUCGAUAUCGAGAAAAUUCGAGCGAUGAUGAUCAACCAGUUGUCAUUCAACAAGUUUCUACAAAUACGAAACUAAGUUUCUUGGGUUCAUUGUCAAAUUUCGUUUCGAAAGCAGAAUCACACCCAGAUGCACAUAUGUAUAAGUUAUAUUUUAAAGAGAAAAAAGAAGAAUUAGCCAUACGUUUGUUCACGUUAUAUAAUCAAGAAGUAUUUAAUCAACAAAUUCCGAAAGAAACUCCAAUUGAAUGGAAUUCACGAAUGCGUGGUACAGCAGGUUUCUGUUACAAUAGAAAAAUUGUUCAUUCAAAUGGUGAUAUUGAACGAUCUUGUCGUAUUGUAUUAAGUAGUAAAGUAAUUGAUGAGCCAUCACGAUUACGCGACACAUUAAUACAUGAAAUGUGUCAUGCAGCUGCCUGGCAUAUUAAUCAUAUGAGUAGUGGACAUGGACCGUGUUGGCAAGCAUGGGCAAAACGUGCUAUGCUAAAAUUUCCCGAAUUGCCACCAAUACGUAGAUGUCAUGAUUAUGAUAUAAAUACGAAGUACACCUAUAAAUGUGUUAAUUGUGGUUAUAGUAUUGGCCGUCACUCAAAAUCAUUAGAUGUAAAUCGUAAACGCUGUGGAUAUUGCUAUGGGCAAUUUGAAUUAUUAUUAAAUAAAAAAACGAAAAAUGGAGUUAUUAAAACGGUAGCAACACCAAAGGCUACAAAACAACCCAAUGAGUUUGCAUUAUUUGUAAAAGAAAAUUACAAAACUGUUAAACAGGAGUCAAAUAAUUUAAAACAUGGUGAUGUUAUGAAAUUACUAGGACAGAAAUUUUCUGCUUUGAAAAUGGCCGAUAAUAAUAAAGAGAAAUAGUUCAAAAUUAAAUAUUUUAAAAUGUAUAUAAUUUUCCAAUAAGAGAUGAAUCAUUCAAAAGGUGGUUAUGUUAUAGAAGUACUAAGACAACAAUUUUCAGCUAUGAAAAUGAUGGAUUACAUAAUUUCAGAUGCAAAGACUGAGAAAUAAUAUUAUUUUCCUUUUUAAUUAUAAAAUAAAAUGUAUAAAAAGUGAAUCAUUCACAGGAUGGAUGUUACGAUAUUACUAGAACAAAAAUUUUCGAUGAAAAUGGCUGAAAAUAAUACGGAUAAUGGAAAAUAGUUUUAAUUUUAAUAUUAAAUCAUAUAUUUAAUAUAAAUUGUAUGACAUUGGUAAGAGUCAAAUAAUUCAUUAAUGUUAUGAUUCUUCUAAGAUUUAGCCUUGAAAAUGGUCGACAAUAACGACAGAUAGUUUUAUUUAUUUAAAAUAUAAAAUAAAAUAUUUAAUAAAGCUAUAAAAUUAUCAAAUUAAAACAAAAUAAAAAAUGUUCACCUAUAAAAUCAUCGAUAAAUAUCUAAUAAUAUUAUGAGAAUUUUUUAUUUUCAUUGAUAGUUUUAUAUAUUACAUCGGUGGCGAUCCUUCCCUAGCCAGAGAUCAAGUGCCGAUAAUUUCUGUAGAAUGAAUAAUUUAGAAACUAGUAUUUGAAAAUUAAUAUUUUAAAACGUUUUAACUUUAAGAGAGUUCAGUUGACCAACCUUUGCACGUCCCGCUAUCAUUAUGCGCCACCGCGGAAGGGGUGCGUUACGCGUUUGACGCUUGGAUGUUUUAUUCGUAGAAAACAUUCGGCUAAAUAAUUCGUGAAAAUAGUAGUUUCCACUGGCAUAUUAAUCAUAAACAACAAUCAGUUUCUGUUCAAUCUAAUUGAAAUUCAUUUAAGAUAGGAUUACAAUGAACGGAUUACAAUUGGAAACAUAAUAAUUCUAUUUUCGAAUUCAUUUCUAUUGAAAUUAAUACAAAAUCUUGAAUAGCAACGUGUAGGCUACAAUCGGAAACAAGAAUCAUAUUUUGGAAUCCAAUCCUAUUGGAAAAAUAUAAUUUUAUUUUCCCGUUGAUCUCAUUCGAAACACAUUCACAAUUUGAAAUUGG